AUGUCGAAAUUGGAGGAGCAGUUGAAAGCGCGAUUAUUGGAUCGUGAGAAACGAUCUCAAUUACGACGAUUGACGACUUUUCCGGCUGACAAUGUUGAUUUUUCUUCCAAUGCAUAUUUGUCUCUCUCGUCGGUCCCUGAAAUUCGAAGCGCCUAUCACUCCCUUCUUGAGAAUCAUGCAGCGCCGCCUCCGUUGUUAGGGUCCGGUGGUUCACGGCUGUUGGACGGCAAUUCAGCCCUCGCGGAGAAUCUUGAGAGAGACAUUGCGGCAUUUCAUAAUGCAGAUGCUGGAUUGUUGUUUAAUUCGGGAUUCGAUGCUAAUGUUGGUCUUGUGAGCUGUUUGCCGCAGCCGGGGGAUGUCGUUGUUUAUGACGAACUUAUUCAUGCGAGUGCUCAUGAUGGGAUGAGGUUGAGUCGCGCGGGACGGAGGGUAUCGUUUAAGCAUAAUUGUGUGCAUGGGGAUGGUGGACUUGAUGGUGUUUUGAAAGGGAUUGGGGGCGAGAAGUCCGUAUUUAUUCUCGUUGAAGGUGUUUACAGCAUGGAUGGCGAUGUCGCUCCUCUCAAAGAGAUUGUCGAAUGCGUUAAAACUCGACUCCCAAGCAACGGCUACAUUAUCGUCGAUGAAGCACAUUCUACCGGCAUUUUCGGACAUCAAGGACGCGGUCUCGUAUGCGAGUUGGGUUUGGAGAAGGAAAUAUUCGCACGACUGCAUACAUUUGGCAAAGCAAUGAGUUCUUUUGGAGCUAUUGUUUUGUGCUCAUCCACCACGAGGGAGUAUCUCAUAAACUACGCACGAACUCUCAUUUACACGACUGCAAUGCCCUUUUCCUGUCUUGCGAGUAUUGGCAUCUCUUACCAGUAUUUGCAGAGUGGGAGGGCUGAUGCGAGGUUGAAGCAUCUUUGGAGUCUAGUAAGCUAUACGCACAAGCUACUCGCUGAAGCAUGCCCUUCAAGUCAGUCGAUUCGUGUUGACGAAGCGCCUAAAUCGCCAAUUAUUCCAUUGUUUACGUCGCAGCCACGAAGCUUGGCCCAAUUCUGUCAAGAACAAGGGUUCACGGUGCGUCCGAUUGUGGCGCCGACAGUACCAAAAGGCAGCGAAAGAGUUCGGAUAUGUGUACAUGCAGGGAACACCAUUGCACAAGUGGAGGGAUUGGUCAAGACGAUCAAGCUUUGGGUGCAGGCUCAUGAGGGGGGGUCUGCUAAACUAUAG